AUGUCUACGACCUGCAACUGCCACUCCAACAACACCAAUGGUGCUACUCAGCAGAACGUUGACUACUCCAAGAUGCACGCUCUGACUGCUAUUUUGAACCCUCAGACCUUGGGCCGUGCUGGAAAGAAGAGUAAAGUCCUUCUUUACCAGUCUCUUACCCAGAAUGGGAGCUGGAACAGCUGUCCUGGGCAACCAUGGCAGAGCUUCACCAUGAGCCCUGUUCUCAAGCUUGGCUCCAACCUUGUUUCUCUGGUUGUGGAUGACGUUGUCCAUGUCUACGGCGUUACAGCACACGACAGCUCCAUUUGCCUACUGAGCCCUGUAUAUCAACCUUUGAAGGAAGCCAAGAUCGGCCUGGAGAUGACAGGAAAGAUCGUGGGUUGCACUGAUGGAAAAGGCACGGGCUGGAUUUACUACCAAAGUAAGGAUAGUGAAAAGAGAGGGUGUAUUUGGGAGAAGAACCUAAGCAAGCCCAAUGAUCGGGCUCGCAAGAUAGGUGAUAGUGAGAAGGCUAUGUUGGGAACUGACAUCGUGGCCUUCCAUGAUGGAAAGCGUCGUUGGAUCGUGUACCAGAACUGGACCAACGACAACGUAUCCGAAGUUGAGAUGGUUUGCUGCGAUGACAAGUCAAUCUUGACAAUCAAGAAUACUUCGAACGCCAUCGACGAGAAGUUUAUCGAGAUUGCUGCUACCACUGCCGUAAACACCAAGACCAACAAGAACAUGAUGUACAUCUACUUCCGAGAUCACAAAGCACAGCUACAGGUUUAUGCCGCUGAAAUCAACGAUAACGCGCCGAAGUUCAGGGCCCCGUCGGAAAUCAAUGUGUCUGGGGGCCUUGGGAAGUUGGACCUGGACUCUUCCAUUGCGUUCUUGCCUGACAAAGACGGUAUCGUUAUCUAUGCAAUCCCAGAUGGUGGUGACAGCUUCGAUUCUUUCUUUGACGAAUUCAGCGAUUGA